AUGGAACCACUCUCUACGGAGCCGAAUUGCAUUCCACCGUCCCCGGUGAGCCCUUUCGGCGUCGGAAACAUCACGAGCCCGGACAGCUACUAUGGUCGAUCCCGCCAUUUCUCGUCUCACGCAUCGGAGCGCAUCCACACCCGUGAUCCCGCCGCAGAUUACGCCUCCCCGUAUCCUUUUCAACUCUCUACGCCUCCCUACCACUUCUCCGACCAAUUAUCAUCGACCAAUAACGACGGAAAAUACUACGCCGCGCUUCCUUCCGUCGUCCCAUCCGCGCAUCAGCAACGCGCCUUUCCUCCUCAGCACCCCUCCCGCGCCCCCGCAGAUUAUUCUUGGGGUCCUGUUGCUAAUCUUCUUCCUCCUGAACCAACGGACUAUCGCGUAGCCAUGGGCUCGACCUCUGCCUCUCCACCACCCUUUUCGCUGGAUUCGGCCCUUCUCCCGCCCGCUUCCGCCCCUCCGCGCCUGGUGCGCGCACGCUCCCCCGCCCCCCGCCCUUCCGACUCCUCCGCCUCCCCGUUGGCGCGGCCCGUUCCGCUCAACUCCCGCGUGUGGCUGGCAAUCGAGCUGCUCUGCAUCCUGGCGCAAAUUUCCGCGGGCGUGUGCGUGCUCGCGCUUUUCCCCCACGAGAAGCCCCCCGUACCGCUGCGCCUGUGGAUACUCGGUUACACGCUCGGCUGCCUCUUGCUCCUCCCGCUGCUGUACUUUCGCUACACUCACCGCGCCCUCAGCAACGGCGGGGACUUUUUACUGUGGCAGCAGCAGCAGGAGGAGGAGGAGGAGGAGCGGCGGCGGCGCCAGUGGCGGCUGCGCGAAACGCCGUCGCGGCCUGCAAUGGCGUCGUCACGGCCCAUGUCGCCUCUCAGACUCCCACGUGCCGCCCCUGCCGCCAUAUCAGCGGUCGACAUCUCCUCCUCCUUACACUCGUCCAUCUCCUCUUCUUCCAGUUCCUCUUCCUUCUCGUCCUUACGGCCCCGCUCGCCGGAAGGACUGCUGUUUCCGGCGGCGCAAACGGUGCCCAACACCCCAUACCUAGGCGCAAGGGGGAGCGGAGGCGGAGGGGGGGCGGCGGGCGGAUGGGCAACCCCUUUCCGGGCCAACGUUACUGGAAGCGCCGAACCGGCUAGUGCUGCAGGCUUGGUGCCUGAGGCGGCCCGUGGUUUUUAUCCCGAGAGGAGCAACGAAAUCGCGGGAGGAGGUGGAUGGCCUGCUGCCAGCGGUGUAGACAUGUACAGUGCAAUAUACUAUAAUGGUUAUGAUGAUGACGAUGACGAGGAUGAAGUGUACGGUGCGGGGCGGUACAGCGGGUUUCGGCACAUUGCGGCGGCGAUCGGGGAGAGGAUGCUAUCGUGUGUGCGGUGGAUCGUGGACGAGCUUCAAGACGACGCACGGGUGCUGGCUCUAGUGGAGCGUUACAAAGUAACCCUAGACUGCUUCUUCGCAGUAUGGUUCGUGCUGGGGAACGUGUGGGUGUUCGGCGCUCACUCUGCUGCCACCACUGCGCCGAACCUCUACAAUCUGAGCGUGCUGUUCAUAACGCUCAGCUGCGUCAGCUAUGCGAUGCCGUUCCUCCUCUGUGCCGCCAUAUGCUGCUGCCUUCCCUGCCUGCUGCACCUCCUCGGCCACCCCCACCACGACGACGAGCACGGCGCAUUCCCCCUCGCGCGCAGCAGCAGAGGCGCCACCACCGCCGCCAUCACAACUCUCCCCUCGUUCAAGUACCGGAGGCUUCCGGAUGGGCGGGGCGGACGGGUGGUCCGGCUGCGAGGGAAACGUGCUGCUGCUGUUGCUUCUGCUGCUGCAGGGAAAGCUGUUGUUCCAGACGGUCAAUUGAAAUCCAAGAUGGGUGGGAAAAGAGGAACGGACAUGGGAGGAGGAUCCUGUGAGGCAGGAGGAGAGAGGGGAGCGGUGGGAGGAGGGAGCGGAGCAGGGCAGGGGCGGGGGGGUGUUGGGGGAGGAACGGGCGGGUGGUUUGGCAGGCUGGGUGGAUAUCUGAUGCGACGCACUGCUGCUGCUGCUGGUCCUGCUGGUUCUGCUGGUCCUGCUGGUGCUGCUGCUGCUGCUGGUCCUCCUGCUGCUGCUGCUGCUGCUGCUGCUGCUGCCAGUGGUGGUGGUGCUGCUGCUGCUGGAAAUGCCGCUGCUGGUGCGACUGGCGGGGCUUGUGUGGCGAGAUCAGGAGAUAGAAGGAAGAGUGCGAGUGAGAAGGAGAGGGAGAAGGAGGGGGGAAGUGAGAGUGAGGGGGACUCGGAUGAGGAGGAAGAGAGUGUGGUGGGACUGCUUUGGCCAGGCACAGACAAGCAGAGGCCAGUGCGAGGGGGCGAUGCUCUCUGCUGCAUCUGCCUGGGUCGCUAUCGGGAUGGGGUGGACCUUCGAGAGCUGCCCUGCAGCCACCACUUCCACCAAUCCUGUGUUGACACGUGGCUCAAGAUCAACUCCUCCUGCCCGCUCUGCAAGGAGGACAUUUCGAGCCGCCCGAGACUCGAGGCUGAUGGUGAGAUGUGA